AUGGAGUCUAAUUCACUAUGGAACCGACGAUCCAAGUUUGUCCCUUGGCCCGCUACUCCGCUCGCUCUUAUUUUGGCUGACAAUAAUUUAGCUCCGGUAAACUUUCUCUUUCAAUGUCCUCGUCUGCACACAGUAACAGUAACAAUAAUACAACCGGCGAUGCUCCCUCCUCCAAAAUUUUCGGGCCUCCCUCUGCCAAACUCACUUCCUCUCACAAACCGUCGUAUGAAAAUCCCUUCGCUAAGCUACAUAAUAUCAAUACUGGCAAUCCGGCACUUCCGUCUCCAACGGCAAAUGCAACCAAAUCUGCGUCUGCUGCCUUCAAUCUCGGUAUCGGAGGUGCCUUUGGUUCUUUUGGGCUCAAGACUCCGAAGACUCCGGGUGGAGACGGUCUCAAUGCUGCUGGUAGUAUCAGUACUGGCACAAUUGCUACCCCUUCGCUGCCGAAGGGGUUGACCGCCUCGGAGGUUGUUGCCGGAACCAAAAAGUCCAGCGGUAAUCUUGCUGCUGCUAACCAACAGGAUUCCCAUCCAUUGAAGAAUGUUUGGGUUGUUUGGUACCGCUCUCCGGGAAACAAGUUUCAGGACUAUGAAAAGUCCACGCAGAAGAUUGCGUAUUUUGGAACAGUUGAGGAGUUCUGGUGUGUCUACUGCCACUUGCGCAGGCCGAAUGUCUUGCCGCACGUGAGCGACUAUCAUCUCUUUAAGAAAGGAAUUAGGCCAGUUUGGGAGGAUAAGGAGAAUAGGAGGGGCGGAAAGUGGAAUAUCCGUCUGAAGAAGGGUGUUAGUACUAGAUACUGGGAGGAGCUUCUCCUGGCCAUUGUCGGCGACCAAUUUGGUGAUGCUGGUGAGGAUCUUUGUGGGGCUGUUUUGAGCAUCAGAGGAAAUGAGGAUGUUCUCAGUGUUUGGACCAGGGUGGACGGGUCGAGUUGCUUGAAAAUCAAGUUCGUAUCUUCCAUUUUCUCGGGGGUUCCUGGGACCGGGCGCUAACGAUUGGUGGGCAGGGAGACCGUCAAGCGCAAGCUCAAUCUUCCGCAGGGAACUAGGAUCGAGUGGAAAUCCCAUGCAUCCUCCCUCGAAGCAGUCAACCAGAAGUCGCAGGGCCAGAAUCAAAAUCAGGGCCAGGCUCAACUCCAGUAG